CAUCUCCCUCUCUUCAUCUCCAUCUCCCUUCUCUCUCCGCACACUCUCCUACAGUUUUUCCUCGAUCGUGUCUCACCUCACCUCCGGGUUUUGUUGCCCGCCGCCCCGCGCUGCUCUGCCGUGUUGUGUCUUCGCGCUUUCAUCCUCCGCCUGCCUCAGUUUCCCUUGAGGAAGCAGGUGGUGGUUUCUGGGCUGAGGCUGAUGGGGGGCGGCCCAUUCCUCACAGCGAGGCCUAACUCGGCCGGGUGUUGUCAUCGGGGGAUUGCUGAGGGGACCUCAGUGCCCUUUGUGAUCCAGACCUCAUUUCUAACUUGCUGAAGCCUCGGGGGAAGCCUGUGCUGCUGUGAAAAUCAAGAACCUGAUACUGGGGAUGAUUAGAGGAGCCAUCCUGCUCUGUUUCCUGAAAAAGACAGGUGCUAAUGCAGGUGUUUCACUGACAGGCACUGGAGUCUCUGCAGAAUGGCAACUGCUCAGAAGCAAAGGAAUUCUGUGAGUGCAGUUGUAUUUCCCAAGAAAAUAGCCACGGAGCAGCAGUCCCUGAUGGUGGUGAAGAGGCUCCUGGCAGUGGCAGUGUCCUGCAUCACUUACCUGAGGGGAAUCUUCCCUGAAAGUGCCUAUGGAACCAGAUACAUGGAUGAUGUUUGUGUCAAAAUCCUGCGGGAAGACAAAAACUGUCCUGGCUCUACCCAGCUGGUGAAGUGGAUGUUAGGAUGCUAUGAUGCCUUGCAGAAGAAAUACCUGAGACAGAUUGUCCUGGCAGUCUACACCCAGACAGAAGAUCCUCAGACAGUCACAGAGUGUUACCACUUCAAGUUCAAGUACACCCACAAUGGGCCACUCCUGGAUUUUGGCAGCAAGGACAAGAAGUCAGAGAGCCCCAUCAGCUGUGCAGACACCAAGAAGGCCAGCAUCCUCCUGAUCCGCAAGAUCUACAUCCUGAUGCAGAACCUCAGCCCCCUGCCCAGCGACGUCUGCCUCACCAUGAAACUCCUCUACUAUGAUGAGGUUACUCCCCCUGAUUACCAGCCUCCAGGGUUCAAGGAGGCCAAGGACGAGGGGCUGCUGUUCAAGGAGGAGCCCAUGUACCUGAAUGUGGGGGAAGUGCCAACACCUUUCCACCUGCUGAAACUGAAAAUCACCACUGAGAGGCAGCGCAUGGAGAGCGUUGACAAGAGCAUCCUGAAGCAGGGAGAGACUGCUGAGCCUCUCCAGCUGUGUGGGGGGAGCAGAGAGGACCCAGAGGAAGAGAGCCACGACAUGAAUGAGGAUCCUGUCUUGAAUAAUGAAGUGGAAGAGAAGAAUCAUGUGAAUAUUUCAGAAGCUCAAGGAAAGGAUUCAGCUCAUGAAGAGGAAGCUGGAGGGAUCCAGACUCCCCGCCACGUUUCUAAUCCUCAGGUUGAUCACUUGACUCGUAAAACAUCUGAGCUGAUUGUGUCAGAGAGCAGGACAAGAAGUGGAAAGAUAUUCCAGAGCUGCAUUGUGCACCAGGCUGAGCUCUCCUCCAGCCAGGACGUGCUGCCCAAAAGGAGGAAGCUCAGCGAGCCCAAGGAGCAGAUUUAGUUGCCCAAAGGGAUGAAACUCAGUGAGCCCAAGGAGCAGUUUUAGUUGCCCAAAAGGAGGAAUUUCCACAAGCUCAAGGAGCAGUUUUAUUUGCCCAAAAGGAG